GCCGGUGCUUUUGGAGGUGCAUCCCGAGUGGUCGCCGCACGGGGUGGAGCGUUUCAAGCAGCUGGUCGAGUCUGGUUUCUACAGCCAAGCGCGAUUUCACCGCGUGAUCCCUGACUUCAUCGCGCAGGUGGGAAUUGCAGCUGACCCUGCUGUCUAUGCCAAGUGGGGGAACAGCCCCAUCAAAGACGAUCCUGUGAAGGAAAGCAACCAGCGCGGCUACGUGAGCUUCGCGAUGAGGGGUCCGGACACCAGAAGUUGCCAGAUCUUCUUCAACUACAAGGAUAAUAGGGACCUGGAUGGCCAGGGCUUCUCACCUAUUGCCAUUGUGAAGGAAGGUAUGGAGGUCAUUGAUAAGCUCACGGUGCCUGCGGGCAAAGGUCCGGACCAACCACAGCUCAAGGAACAGGGCAAUGCGUAUUUGGAUUCCGCGUUCCCUGACCUGAGCGAAAUUGUGGAAGCCAAAGUGCGAUGA